GGCGGGCAAUGGGGGAUAUAAAAUUAAUCGUGAGAGAUGAGGAAUAAGACGAGGUUAAUGGCGAGCGCUUGUCGGGAGACAAGUUAGAUACUGGAGAUGAAGACGAGGUGUUGAUAAAUGGGAUUAGAAGAAGUAAUGGAGUGGUUUUCUUUCAAGUACCAAGUGUUUUGGCUUGUUUAAAAUUUUUGUGUUGGGGAAUGUUCUAAGUCUUAGAUAUGUAAAUCUUUUUUUAUUGGGAUUUAAAAGUUUAUGAUUUUUAUUAGCAAAAAGGAUAAGCGAUCGUGCAAAGUUAAGAAUGCGGCUUACUUAUCUUGUCGCCUGCUCGCCUUCCCUAUCUUCGUUUCCUUCAGACCGGCGAAGUUUCUCUCCCAGGAAACCUAGGUUCUUUCCGAGGGCGGAGAUGUCACUGGUGUCUCAAGAUGGCCACCCGCCGCUUGCAGAAAAGAUAGUAUUGGGGUGUGGCGCACUGUCAGCCGAUUACUUGGCCACAGUAGAUGCAUUUCCCAAACCCGAUGAUAAGAUCCGGAGCACAAGUCUUAAGAUUGAGGGUGGUGGCAAUACAGGGAAUGCCUUAACUUGUGCAGCUCGUUUGGGUUUGAAACCUAGAUUGAUUUCUAAGAUAGCUAAUGAUUUUCAAGGGAAAAAUAUUCUGACGGAACUUGAAGGUGAUGGUGUGGAUACUUCUUUCAUUGUGGUCUCGGAGGGAAAUUCACCAUUUACCUAUAUAAUUGUUGACAAUGAAACGAAAACCCGUACUUGCAUUCAUACACCCGGAUAUCCUCCUAUGAUGCCAAAUGAUCUAUCAAAUUCCAAGUUGUGUUCUGCCCUAGAUGAUUCUAGUCUUGUGUACUUAGAUGGAAGAUUGCAUGAGACUGCUUUAGCCGUUGCUCAGGAGGCAACCCAAAGAAAAAUACCCAUACUGGUUGAUGCUGAAAGAAAGAGAGAAGGAUUGGAUGACCUCCUUAACUUAGCGACUUAUGUUGUGUGCUCAGAGAAAUUUCCACAGGCAUGGACGAGUGGGCCUUCUAUUCCAAAUGCAUUGGCAGCUAUGCUUCUGAGUUUGCCUAACAUCAAAUUUGUUAUUGUAACCCGUGGCUAUAAAGGUUGCAUAAUGCUUGAAAGAAGCAUUGAUGAUACCUGUGAAGCAGAAGAAAUGGAAAUAGGAAGCCUUCUAGAAUCACUGAUGCAGAAGGCCGAUUGGGGUAGUAUCAUUCCGACAUGCAUCUCUUCCAAAAUGAAUAUAAGGAUUAGAGCUGAUGAAAUUGGUUCAUUCAGCGGAAGGCUAUUAGUGGGAACAGCAGAGGUGAUACCUCCGUCAGAGCUAAUUGACACCACUGGUGCUGGGGAUGCUUUCAUAGGAGCAAUUCUAUAUGCUUUAUGCGUAGGAAUGGCAGAGAAAAUGCUUCCUUUCGCCUCUCUUGUGGCUGCUGCUGGAUGCAGGGCUUUGGGUGCCAGAAGUGGUCUGCCAUGGCGCACAGAUCCUCGCCUCGCUCCAUUUUUGAGAGAUUCUUCCGAGUCUCUUUCUUGAGAAAAAGGAGAUACUUUUCUUGUGUUUUAAUUUCAAUUCUUUUUGGUCUCUUUGAAUGUUUAAUGUCUAUGGAGUUAACGUAAUUUUUUAGGUUAUGAAAUAAUCAUAUGGUAAUAUAUUUGCUUCAUGCA